AUGCCACACCACCAGUGGCGGCCCCAUCGUCUCCCGCACCCGCCAUUUCCGCGGAUUCGAAACCGCAUAACCAACCCGACCGUCAUCAUCACCAUUGCCCUCGUUGCCGCCACCAUAGUGUACCGGGCCGCACAACGCCGCAGGCUCCCACCACUGGCCCAGCUUCUAUGGGAUGCGUCCGUCUCCGCGAUUCCAGCUCGCCUUCUCUUUGCCAUCGACCGCCUCAUUAACCUACCGGUCUUCCCGUCUCUCAUGCUCAAGACACCGUCGACAACCCAUGCCGCCAAAAGCGAGGCUCUACGGAGGACACUCGGCAUCGACGGUGGAGGUGGGAUACUUGGUUCGGUCGCUCAGGCUGGGCGCUAUGGCUUUGGCAGCCUGUCCCGCAAUGCCUCCGGGAACAGCGCCGCACGCGACAAGCCGCCCGGCCUGGGCAACUACGACAACUCCUGUUACCAGAACAGCAUCCUCCAGGGCUUGGCAUCGCUCAAGGCCUUCCCGUCAUACCUGUCGGCCAUUUCGCUCGGAAACAAGCUGUCUUCGUCUCAGACUCGCACUGUAGACACGCUCCGCAACUUGGUGGCCGAGCUCAGCAGCCUUUCGAGCAACGGCAGGACCCUCUGGACGCCAGAUGUGCUCAAGAACAUGAGCACGUGGCAGCAACAAGACGCGCAGGAGUACUACUCAAAGCUCCUGGAUCAGAUCGACGACGAAAUUGCAAAGGCUUCCCGUGUUCUCCAGGACUCACGAGGUCUCGAAUCACAAAGCACCAGUUACGACUCUUCGGCCAGCGAGCACAGCGACGAUAGUGGAUAUCACAGUUCGACUACCGUCUCAAAAUCCGGACUGGAGCUUCGCUUUGCCCGAAACCCUCUCGAAGGGUUAAUAGCACAGCGUGUGGCUUGCGUCGACUGUGGCUAUUGCGAAGGGCUGACUAUGAUUCCCUUCAAUUGCUUGACGUUGACGCUCGGCACCCUCCAGCAGCACGACCUUUACGAGCGGUUAGACCACUACACAAAGGUUGAGUCGAUCGAGGGAGUUGAGUGCCCCAAAUGCUCGCUGAUUAAGUGUCGUGAUCUCCUCAAGGCGCUCAUUGCCCGCAUGGGAGAGCUCCUGGAUCUCCAGCAGAGACUGCAGCUUCUGGAAAAAGCGUUGGAAGAAGAGACAUACGACGAAGAGACGUUGGCAAAGUGCAACAUCAAGCCCAAGGCGAGGGCGAGCUCGACCAAGACGAAGCAGGUUGCUCUCGCCAGACCUCCGCAGAGCCUAGUGUUCCAUGUGAACCGGUCGGGAUUCGACGAGAGAACGGGCUCCAUGUUUAAAAAAUCGGCCGCCGUCCGAUUUCCCAUGAUCUUGGACCUUGCGCCAUGGUGCCUGGGUAGUGCCGAGAGCCGGGCCAUCUUGGAAGAGGGCACCGUUGCCGCGCAGGACGUGGAGCAGUGGACGCUCGAUCCCCGGUCGUCCAUGGUAGCGGGGAACCGAGGGCCGUCUAGGGUAACGGGCCCGAUCUACGAGCUGCGUGCCGUGGUCACACACUAUGGACACCACGAGAAUGGUCACUACGUCUGCUACAGGAAACACCCUGUUUCACCGCCCCCAACAAAGCUUGAAGAUGAACAAGCGGAGAAAGUUUUCGAUCACGCAGGUGCUGCGGAGAAGGCCCCUGAAGAUAGCGAAUCGGUUCCCGAGACAGAACUGGCGAGCCAGACAACUGGGAUGGGUGAACCAAUCAAACCAAUGCCGGGCAAAGAAGCACAGCAGUCUCAAUGGUGGCGGCUCAGCGAUGAGGACGUGACUCUAGUGGACGAGCGGACGGUUCUCUCUCAAGGUGGUGUGUUCAUGCUAUUCUACGACUGCGUGGAUCCUACCUCGGUCCCGCUUCCCAGCGGACCGAUUCCGCCGCAAGGGACGCCGGGUCCGGAUGUGUUCCCUCCCGGAAUGGACGGGAGCACUGUCGAGCAACAAGCUUUGUCGCCGAGCUCCGACGAGCCCACCGACACAGCCAUUCCUGCCAUUUUGAGUCCCAAACCGGUUUGGCAACAGGAAACAGCGCCGUCGCAAUUGAAGUCCACCACCUCUCAGUUCCCACCACGGGUCAUCAAGGUUUAG